GCUGUACGUGGUGACGCUUUCUGUUCUAUAUGAGCGCGAGCGGCGGGUUCUCCCCUCCUUCUUGUUUUUUGCCGCCAUCCAAAAGGGGCGCUUCCUUCUUCCUCUCGGCUCCGGGCACUGUGCGGCUGCCCAGGUUACUCCGGCCUGUCCAUCACCGGUGCUGAACAUAAUGGCUACCAUAGAUAAUAAAGAGCAGACAGAACUUGACCAGCAAGAUAUGGAAGAUGUUGAAGAUGUAGAAGAGGAAGAAACGGGGGAAGAUGCAAACAGCAAAGCUAGGCAACUGACUGCCCAAAUGAUGCAGAAUCCUCAGGUUUUAGCUGCUCUGCAAGAAAGGCUGGAUGACCUAGUGGGGACACCUACAGGAUACAUUGAAAGCUUACCCAAAGUAGUGAAAAGGAGAGUGAAUGCACUUAAAAAUCUUCAAGUAAAAUGUGCACAGAUAGAAGCAAAAUUCUAUGAAGAAGUCCAUGAAUUGGAGAGGAAGUAUGCAGCCCUCUAUCAACCCCUUUUUGACAAGAGAAGCGAUAUAAUAAAUGCUACAUAUGAACCUACAGAAGAAGAAUGUGAAUGGAAAGUAGAAGAGGAGGAUAUUUCUGGGGACCUCAAGGAAAAAGCCAAACUCGAAGAGGAGAAAAAAGAUGAAGAAAAGGAGGAUCCCAAAGGAAUACCUGAAUUCUGGUUAACCGUAUUUAAGAAUGUUGAUCUCCUUAGCGAUAUGCUUCAGGAACAUGAUGAACCAAUUCUAAAACAUUUGAAAGACAUAAAAGUAAAGUUUUCAGAUGCUGGGCAGCCAAUGAGUUUUACAUUAGAAUUUUACUUUGAACCAAAUGAAUUCUUUACAAAUGAAGUUUUGACAAAGACAUACAAAAUGAGGUCAGAGCCUGAUGAGUCAGACCCUUUCUCUUUCGAUGGACCUGAAAUUAUGGGAUGCACUGGGUGCUUGAUUGACUGGAAGAAAGGAAAGAAUGUCACUUUAAAAACCAUAAAAAAGAAGCAAAAGCAUAAGGGUCGUGGAACCGUAAGGACUGUUACAAAAACUGUUCCCAAUGACUCCUUUUUCAACUUCUUCACUCCACCUGAAGUACCUGAAAAUGGUGAGCUGGAUGAUGAUGCGGAAGCCAUCCUCACUGCAGACUUUGAAAUUGGACACUUCCUGCGUGAGCGUAUAAUUCCUAGAUCAGUGCUGUACUUCACUGGUGAAGCAAUUGAAGAUGACGAUGAUGAUUAUGAUGAAGAAGGCGAAGAAGCAGAUGAUGAGUUACUGAAAGCAGGGAGUAGCAGCCUCGACCGCUUGAGGGUUAAAUGGCAAAGGGACAUUCCCCAGAUUACAGAGGAGAAUUGGGUAGAUGUUCUUGACACAACAUUUGCCGGGAUUAUCAGUAGUAGGGAUAGGAUGACUCAGUUAAAUUACUUGCACAGAGUAUAUAUCACUCCCCACAGACUUCAUAAGUUUAAACCCGACCAGAUCCCAAACUGUCCUAGAUGUAAUUAUAGUCCUGCAGACUUUAUGCACAUGGUGUGGGGCUGUCCAGUAGUGCAUGUCUAUUGGGAAAAGGUGGUGCAGAUGAUCCGCACAAGAACAGAAAUUGUUCUACCACUGGACCCUAUGGUGCUAAUACUCAACCAGAUGGGGGAGCUACCCCAAAAUAGAGCGCACCAGACAUUGAUGUCAAUUCUUUGUAUGUAUGCGAAAAAACUGAUAGCCAUGCACUGGAAGUCUCCAACAGGGCCUACUCUGCAAAUGUGGGAGCACCACAUUGAAAAGUGUAUUCCAUUAUAUAAACUGUCAUAUAUUAAGAGGUUGUCCUGAAAAAUUUCAAAAAGUCUGGGAUCUCUGGAUGGAUGAGGAUCCUGAGGUGGAGCCUGCUUAGAGAAUUUGCGGUUUUUCCGGGCUGCCCAUAGGAGUUUGCAGGACUCGCUUGGCUGGACGUUUUCGGAGGGUGGAGGGGGAAAAUCAAGCAGGUUAGGUCCUUACAACUCAUCCUGAUAUGUUCUUAAUAACGCUGUACCCUAGGAUAUGUAUGGGAGGGGGAUGAAGGAAGACACCAUGGGAGUUUCUUUUUGAAUAUAUUUGUUUUAUUUUAUUUUGUUACAAUGCAAUAAAGACAAACUGUGUUACAGACUAUGUACAAACAAAAACAAUUGUGAUGUCACAUGCUUACUAUGUACACCAGCAUUUGUUUGUUCAAUAAAAGAAAUGUUAAAAAAAAAAAAAAAAUUGCAUAGUUA